AUGCGCACAACUCUUCUAUUGUUAACCUUGCUACUGAUACUCUCCUGCAUCUGUACAUGUACAGCAGCAGAGAGGAUGCCACUGCCGGUGCCACGUGUGGGUGGAUACGCUACAGAGGCACAGGGACAAGGGAAGAGAGAAGGCAGCGAACAGUGGAAUAACGGUAAAUUCACUACCACCACACCAUCCCUCAGUAUGAGUGAGUCCAUGAGUGCCUCCGCCACUCUUCCUCUCUCUGACACCACUACUGUUGCCCCAUCAACACCAGCUGAUCAACAGACUACAGAAACAGGAGAUGGACAGGCCGCCACUCCUGAGGAGUCGAGUACGUCGAGCACCGCAGCACCGAAGAAGAAGAAGAAGGACGGCGGCCGCGGCCCUGAGUGGCUGCACAGCCCGCUGGUGCUGCUCGCCGCCCUCACCGCCGCAGUGCUGUGCUGA